AUGUCCACCAGAGAAACCGCAAAAAGGGCGGUGGAAGAAAUUGCUGCGAAGUUCGGAUAUGUCGAUUCGGCGAUCUUGGAUCGCAUUGGCAAGGUGCUUCCUGAGGAGCGACGCAUAAUUGAACAGGGCCUGCGUGCGAAGGACGAGAAAAUAGGCCAUUCAAUCAAGACACUGGCAAAAAACCUCUAUAACAGCAAUGCUCGAUUUGUCUUCGAACUUCUGCAAAAUGCAGACGAUAAUCGCUUUACGCUCGCACGGGAACACAACGAGAUACCCUUCAUUUUGUUUAAGGUCUAUCCCGAUCGUAUCAUUGUCGAGUGCAAUGAGGAUGGAUUCACGAUUGAAGAUCUGUCGGCUAUCUGCUCUGUUGGGGAGAGCACCAAAGCCGCAUCUCACGGCUACAUUGGGGCGAAAGGCAUCGGGUUCAAGUCCGUUUUCAUCGCGGCUUGGAAGGUUCAUAUCCAGUCGGGGAAUUUUUCCUUUCAUUUUAAGCAUAACAUAGGUGAUCUUGGUCUUGGAAUGGUUCUACCAGUGUGGGAGGACCCUGAACACGAAUUUCCUGAUCGCUUAACCCGAAUGACUCUUUAUCUCCACACAGAAGGAGAGCCGGAAGCACUUGAGCACCUUCGCCAAACCGUUUUUCAGCAACUCGCUGAUCUUCAGCAAACUUGUUUACUUUUCUUGCGGAACCUCAAGCAGAUAGGAAUCUUCUUUUGCGAUGACAAUGGUGGGAUGAGGCAAUCUAAGACUUUUCGUGUUCGCGAUGCGCCUGGCCACAGUGUCUUCCUCGAGGCUACUGUCGUGGAUGAAGAUGAAAAUCUUACCACGGUUGAACAACGCUACCAUGUCACUAGGUACACUGCCACCCGGCUUCCGAUGAGCGACAGUCGCAACGUCCUGGGUACACAUGAAACCGAUACGGCAUUUUCGGAGGCGGAGGUCGUCUUGGCGUUUCCUCUCACAGUAGAUUCAAGACCUUUGCUUGAGAAACAGGAGAUAUUUGCCUUUUUACCAGUCCGUGAGUCGAGGUUCAAAUUCCUGAUACAAUCCGACUUCGACACUACCGCAAAUCGGCAAGAUAUCUCUACGACUUCGAGAAGAAACCUGUGCCUAUUACCUCAUAUUGCCUCGGCAUUUGUGAAGGCAGUGUUGAAAUUCUGCGAAGACUCAGAGUUGUGCUACGCAUGGCCGAGCUUCCUUCCAUCGUUAGAUGAUGACAUGGGUAGCUUCUGGUCCCCUCUGGCUCGCUUGAUCAGGGAUUUAAUUGGCGUGACCCCGGUUUGGAGGUCAAGGCACGGCAACAGCCUUCGUGUGAUAGGCUCCCUUGUGAUUCUUCCAGAGGACUUUAUGGAUAGCGAUGGGAAUCCAUUGCUGGACGACUCAAGCUUGGAUCCGUUCAUAUCCACCGCCUACCCGGCCGCGCUAGAAGGGACUCUCAAAGAGUACGGACUCGGGGUGGGGACUUUUGACCUAAUUCUCAGAAUGUUGAAAAGUGAUCUUGAAAGUCCUACCUCUAGAGUCAAGUCGUGUGUUACGAGCGCAGACUUCCACUCCCGCAUUUCACAACUUUUGUCGAGGAUCGAAAACGAGGACAAAGACGAAAUGCGUACUCUCAAUGAUCUUGCUAUUCUUCCUCUACGGAAUGGUGAAUGGGUGUCUGCUAACAGCGGCCCCGUAUACUUACCAAAGACUGGUGAAAUAGACAUCCCGGCUGCCGUGGAUUUCCGCAUCUUGGAUCCAGCAGCGGUUGCCAAUGAAGACCGCAGAGCUCUUUUCAUACACUUGGGAGCUGUGGAGCCGUCGGUUAGCGCAGUUCGAUCUGCAAUACUGGCGAAUUAUAGUCCCUUGUAUAGCGAGGUUUGCAUGGAAGAUUCGAGAGCUCAUCUGCGUUACCUUUAUCUGACACACGGGAGCCGUCAAAUUGAAGAUGAUUUUUGCGAUGUUCGUGUUUACUGCGUUCAUGAAAUCAUGAAUAAUCCACACGAAGAAGAGAUCUAUCUGCCAAGCAACCAUCCAUAUGGGCCAGAGGCCCUCCUAGGGCCGACGGAGUACUCCCAGGGCAUGGAAGUAUUGCUCAUGCAUUCAGCAUAUCUUGAGAACAUUCCAACAAGGCCUUAUUCAAAUUACCCAACCUGGCGAGAAUGGCUAAUCAAUUCACUUGGAAUUCGGGAACGACUGAGUCUUGUUUCACCUGAUGGUGAUUCUCUUUCAGACAGCUGGACCUAUGUCGCGGACUCUCGCCCGGGAAAGCUUCUUGGCUUGUUGGAGUACCUCUGGAAGGAUCAAAGGCCCGAACUGCGUCAAAGUGCUGAUCUCAUCAAGGAAAUUCAAAGCACGAAUGCAACAAGGCUUUGCAACAUGGACCUGCCCGAUGACUGUCGGCUUGACGAAACAUAUCUGCCUCUAUCCGACCUUCAGGCGCUUUGUCAACGUUUUAUGGAGGAAGAUGAACCUUUUCCGUUUCUAUACCUUGAAGGACUUUCAGAUGAGGAACUCUACUCCAAGUGGAUCUUUCUUCACAACGAUUUCUCAGUCGGGAAGGACGACGACUUGGAAUUCCUCCUUGAUGUGCUGUAUUGGAUACAGAGUGCCAAUCCUGAUGCAUCCACCCUUACCUCGUAUGAGCGACUAUGGGAUUUGUAUAUUGCAAUUGACGCAAAGCACCUUGCUGCCGAGGACAGAGUGGUCGCCAGAGACACCGUCAAGCUUUUUUUUGAAGACGGUGACUACAUUUACGUUCCUGAACUCCAAGAGGAUGAUCCGUAUGAUGCAGCAUGGGCCGGCCUUGAGCACUGCCUAUGGGAUGCACCACCAAAUAUGAUUUCCAAGUAUUCUCUCAAAUACGUCUUCGAGCAAAUUGUCGAGGAAGGUCAAUUCGAACAUCUUUCACGAUUCUUCAGGGACACAUUGAGCAUUCCGAAUGCCUCAUGGUCAGAUCUGACAGGGGAACUGGUAGAGCGGAGCCAGAACCACUGCGUGGACUUCGACCAAAUCUUCGAUAUGUACAAGCGCGAAUUUGAGGAUGAAAGCCUGAUCUUCGUGACCACAAACGGCGAACCCGGUUGGUACAAAAUCUCCGAAUGUUUGUGGUCAAGUAUUACAAAUAUACGUGGGAAGGUCACCCUGAAUGACCAUUACGAGGACCUGAAAGAUUUCUUUAUUGAUACUUUAGGGGUCAACACACUUACCCUUCAGAUGGUAUAUGAUGAGCUGCUAGAAACAAGCUCGGAAUCAACAAUCAACGAGACAAAAAGUAAGAUCUGGUCUCUCAAUGCUCUCCUUCAAACAGAGGGAGAUUAUGUUGAUCCAGGUCUACUGUCGCAAAGAUCGGUGUUCCCCGUUGUUUACCCAGAUGGAACGAAGAGACUUGCAUCUGCUACUACGGAGUUCGUGCUGAAAGGCUUUUUUGAGUGGGCAAAUCUCACACAUCGCUACUUAUCUGCAUCCAUCAAGGAGUUAACUUCCUUCUCUGGCGAGGCAACGCAAUUAAUUUCAGCGCCACACCGUGACUUGAAAAGAAAGGCGCAUGCAAUCCUCCGAGUCGCGGCCACGUUCAAUAGCCCGAGGUAUCAUGCGAAUCCAUCGAGGCUUUACGAGUUACUUCGGACGGCCAGGAUUGAAGCCACGGACGGAGUUUCCUCGAUUCUGAGAAUCUCCCAAGAUGGCGUAGCGGCGGAUGUUGAAGAAUUGAUAGGAAAAUUGCACAUCAGUGAAGAGCCAUCUGGUCUCGUCGUUUAUGUGCCGAAAGACAAAAAGGCCCAAGAACUUUGUUUCUGUGACCUUUUACCUAAGCACCUGAUCGACUGGCUCAUGCGGAAUCCGGCCACACAAAUUCCUGACAACGUUGAAAGCGAUGCAGGUAUUAUCGAAAUUGACGUGCCGAACGAAGACCCCGGCAUUGAUGAUGAUAGCAUUGAUGAUUAUAUACCAUCCCAACGGUCACGAAGUCAGGAUCGAUCUGCCGCUGAGGUUCCACUAGUCUCAACGGAUAUUGUCACCCCGUGUACCCGUCAGAAUGGCCGACUCUCAGACGACUCCUCAGAGCAAGUAAUUUUUCGACAAACCCAGAUGGCCUACUAUUCGCCCAACCCCAAUCGCAACCGUCCAUCGCUGUACUCGCCACAUAACCAUACAUCGGAGGACAAUAUGCAGUACUGUACGCUCCUCAAUCGGGUGGUAUUGGCUGCGAGAGGAGCCAUAUUUCCCUCGAGUGGACCGUUCAACAUGAGCGAACUGGAUGAAGCACUAUCGGGAGAAGAAAUCUUCCAUCGAUUUGAUGCCUUCGAUGGCAUUGACAUAAGGCAUGUGUUCCGCUCAGACAGCCAGCUCGAAAGAGACAAGAUGAUUGGCGCCGCAGGAGAGCUAUAUGUUUUCGAAUUACUUAAACGGCUGGACCCAGCUCUAACAGACUGGAGUUACCUGAAUUGGCAGAGUACACUUCGCAGAUAUGUCACGAUCCACCCGGACUACUCCAACAUGGGACCUUGGUAUGGCAGGGAGACCGCAGACAUUAUAUAUGACGAUACCGAGGGCGAUUUCACGGCCCUACUCAUUGAUCACGGGUACCUCGACGCUGAAGAAUGGUGGGACAAACGUCCGAAAUAUUACAUUGAAGUCAAGACGACUACAGGGCCUUUGAGAACACCUUUCUACAUGAGCAAGCAUCAAUAUGAAAGAAUGCAGGCCGUGCACAACAGGAGCGACCAUUCAGAGGUAUACAUGAUUCUACGCGUGUUUGAAUUACAUGGGGAUAACAUUGGAAUGAGAGUAUAUCUUGACCCGGAACAGCUAAGGUUGGAUGGAGGACUUCUAUUUACUGGGGAGACUUGGUCAGUCGUUCCCGGCUACUAG